AAAUCGACAUGAAGGAAUUGAAUCAAGAAUUCUCGAUUGUAUUGGAUGGAUUGAUACACCUGCUGAAGAAAUUAUUCACCAAUACUUCGACAAUAACUGUCAACGAAUUAAUGAUAAAAAUUUGAAAAGUUAG